AUGGACCACCAGGAGCCCUACUCGGUGCAGGCCACCGCGGCCAUCGCGGCGGUCAUCACGUUUCUCAUACUCUUCACCAUCUUCGGCAACGCGCUGGUCAUCUUGGCUGUGCUGACGAGCCGCUCGCUGCGCGCCCCGCAGAACCUGUUCCUGGUGUCGCUGGCUGCUGCCGACAUCCUGGUGGCCACGCUCAUCAUCCCCUUCUCGCUGGCCAACGAGCUGCUGGGCUACUGGUACUUCCGGCGCACAUGGUGCGAGGUGUACUUGGCGCUGGACGUGCUCUUCUGUACCUCGUCCAUCGUGCACCUGUGCGCCAUCAGCCUGGACCGCUACUGGGCGGUGAGCCGGGCGCUGGAAUACAACUCCAAGCGUACCCCGCGCCGUAUCAAGUGCAUCAUUCUCACCGUGUGGCUCAUCGCAGCCGUCAUCUCCCUGCCACCGCUGAUCUACAAGGGCGACCAAGGGCCCCAGCCCCGCGGGCGCCCCCAGUGCAAACUCAACCAGGAGGCCUGGUACAUCCUGGCCUCCAGCAUUGGGUCCUUCUUCGCACCCUGCCUCAUCAUGAUCCUCGUCUACCUGCGCAUCUACCUGAUUGCCAAACGCAGCCACCGCAGAGGUCCCAGGGCCAAGGGGGGCCCCGGGGCAGGUGAGUCCAAGAAGCCACGCUCAGUCCCUACGGGGACUUCGACCAAACUGCCUACCCUGGCCUCGCUGGUGGCUUCUGGGGAGGCCAAUGGGCACUCUAAGCCUACUGGGGAGAAGGAAGAGGGGGAUACCCCUGAAGAUCCCGGGACCCCUGCCUUGCCACCCACCUGGUCAGCCCGUCCCAACUCGGGCCAGAGUCAGAAGGAAGGUGUGUGCGGGGCAUCUCCAGAGGAGGAAGCUGAAGAGGAGGAGGAGGAAGAGGAGGAGGAAGGCAAGCCUCAGGCCUUACCAGCCUCUCCUGCAUCAGCUUGUAGCCCACCCCUGCAGCAGCCACAGGGUUCCCGGGUGCUGGCAACCCUACGUGGCCAGGUGCUCCUGGCCAGAGGUGUGGGCACCGCGAGUGGGCAGUGGUGGCGGCGGCGGGCACAGCUGACUCGGGAGAAACGGUUCACCUUUGUGCUGGCCGUGGUCAUUGGUGUUUUUGUGCUCUGCUGGUUCCCCUUCUUCUUCAGCUACAGUCUGGGUGCCAUCUGCCCGCAGCGCUGCAAGGUGCCCCAUGGCCUCUUCCAGUUCUUCUUCUGGAUUGGCUACUGUAACAGCUCGCUGAACCCUGUCAUCUACACUAUCUUUAACCAGGACUUUCGCCGUGCCUUCCGAAGGAUCCUUUGCCGCCAGUGGACCCAGACGGCAUGGUGAGCCACCUGCCUGCCACCCGCAUGGGGUUGGUGCCAGGUGGCACCCGGGCCACUCUGAUUCUUGCCC